AUGCUGCUACCGAUUUCAAUGGAAGAUUUUGAAUUAUUUCCUAAGACAAAGUCAUUAGUUUUACCAGAUCAACUUGUUGCAGAGUUUUUACCAGAUGUAUUUCAGCAGAUGCACACUGAAUUAUCAAAAAUUUGGUGGUCUCGAUUAGUCAUCGCUGCACGAGGAUAUGUUGUAAAUUAUAUUCAAGAUGAUGAUGAAAAAUUAUUUUUUGCCGAUGAUGCAUUCAUAAUCAUUCAUCGUAAUCUUGUUGAAUCAACCGUUCAAAGUGUCAUCCAACAGUUUCUAGCUGAUCUUGAGUUGGUUGUAAAUUAUCCGGAUGUAGUCCCUAUCCUCAAUGAUCUCAACAACAACGAAUCAUCGAUUCGAAAUCCAUUCCAAGAUCCUAAAAGUUGCGAUUACUUUACAAGGAUUUAUGGAGAACCUAACUCGGCAACAUAUCGCAUCGCAAGUGCCCAAAUUAUUGUCCAUAAGAUUUUUAUGCAUAUCUUUACAACUUUGCAACAACGAUGGAAAUCUUCAGCUAGAAAUCGUAAAGGUAUUCGAUUUCAAGAGGAUCCUGAGUGGCAACCGGACGAUCGUGUUGUUCUCUUCCAACAUUUUUUUAAAGGAAAUCGUACAUGGGUGAUGACUGAUUUUGAUCGCCAUAUUAUCAAUAUUUGGCGUCCGAACGGGUCGGUGGUCAUCUUUGGCGAUCGUUUUAUCAAGGAUAAACAGCAGUUUGGCUUUUCAUUAUGUGCGUAUUGUGGCAUGUUGGAACAGCAUAUCGGCCAGUUUGCUUAUCAUAAGCAGCAACGAUUCUGCUCCCAGAAAUGUUUGCAAGCAGCUUUGACCAGUGAUUGCGGAAUAAAUCAAUUUUAA